AAGAAGGAUGUGGUUAUGCCAUUUAGUAAGAGUACUGGUAGGGUAUGCUAUGUAAGCAAAUGCUCUCGUGUUUUAUAGAACAACUCAGACUGAAGCAAUACUGCUGCUCUGCCUGCUGGGGUACAGAACUUGUCUGAAACAAUCCUAGAGCUGCAGGCAAUUCCUUCAGGAAAUUCUUGGAGGACAGAGGAAUUUUCUUCAGAAGACGAGAAAAGAGCAAACGUGGUCACUACCUCUUAAGAGAGUGGAAAAGGAGGAGUUGGGAAAUGGUACAUCACUAAGCCUGGUUUCAGUACUUGGAAAAUAUUGGAAUCACCCACCAAAGAUCUCUUUGCAAGCACCCAGAAGACAACGCAGCGGGGAGAAAUGACCAACAGCAGCAAGGAAUGCAAUUUUACAGAUAUUGACAGAUUGGCAAAGACCCUGCAGCUGGGGAUCUCCAUCCCCACUUUCAUUCUUGGGCUGAUUCUCAAUGCCCUAGCCCUCUCCGUGUUCUGCUGUUUUUGGAAGAAACAGACCAAAACCUCAGUUUACAUGAUCAAUCUUGCACUUGCAGACGUCUUGCUGAUUCUCUCGCUCCCGCUCAAGCUGUACUACUCUAUCAACAAAGCGCCCGGACUUCUGUGCUCAUUCAUAGAGUCUCUCUAUUUCAUCAACAUGUAUGGCAGCAUCUUCAUCAUUGUCUGCAUUACUGUCGACAGAUAUAUCUGCAUAAAACAUCCAUUUGAAGGGCGAGCUAACCAGUCCCCCAAGUGGGCUAUCUUGAGUUGCUGCUUCAUCUGGGCAGUCACUUGGCUUUACAGCAGCCCAAUGUAUAUUUUUCAAGAGAAAAAUUAUUUGAAAUGCUUUCACAACAUGUCAGAACAGGUUGCAUGGAGCACCCCCGUCAUUGUUUCUCUGGAAGUCUUUGGAUUUCUGAUCCCACUCACAGUGAUGGUUUUCUGCUCUGCCCAAAACAUCUUGAUUCUUCUGAAUCACAAAAGUCAAGCUAAAAAGAAGGUAGAAGGCAGUGGCUCCUUACGAGUCAUUAUCAUCAACCUAGUGGUGUUUUUGGUGUGCUUCACUCCCAUCCACCUUGCUAUCUGCCUACAGUGCCUGGUAAGACAGCAUGUGAUAGUGGACUGCAGUCUGAAACAAAGCAUCAGCUUCUUCAUUCAGGUGUCAAUGAUAUUAGCCAACCUGAACUGCUGCCUGGAUGCCGUCUUUUAUUACUUUGCUGCAAAAGAGUUUCGUGAGAAAACACACCUGAAAAAGGUUAUUGAACUAUGUCCUGUCUUUAAGCCUCGUGCCACAUGAUGGGACUGCCUGUGGUGGAAGAAUGCCUCUUCCUCCGCUCCCACUUGCUUCACAGGAGGCCAACAGCAUUAUCCCCAACACAGCAGUAGGGUGAACUUGACCAUGGCAGGGAGGGUGCAGGAGGGAGGACAAUGUUUUUCCAGUGAAUGUGAACUUGUUCCAUAUUUUUCUUCCCUUUAAAGACAAAAGGAGAAACAUAUUGGGAAAGAACCAGCAUUACCAAAGUGACGGAGUGACACCAAGAGAAGCAUUAGCCUUGACGGUAUAUACUAAAUGUGAAAGACUUGCCAGAGGAAAGCUACCCAGAUCACUGGAAUGCCACUAAAAAUCAGGUUUUGUCAUUGCUGCACCAGUUUUCUUUUUGUCAAUGUGAUCAGAAAGUUGUUGCUAAUGGCCAAACAUAGAAAUAACUACUCAAAAUCUUCUUUCUAACUUAGAAAGUAUCUGAGACUUAAAAGGCAGUAUCUGGCCAAAAGUCUGACAGUGCU